ACGCUCCAUUGACAGCACAUUAAAACAGUCCCAAUAUCAAGGCUGCCGCACUGCAUUGUUCCGGAACUCUGUGUUCUCCAAUUUCUUCUGUUCAGCCACAAAAAUGGAGUCCGUGCCCCUUUUUCUCACCGGAACUCUCCUGGCCGCCGGCCUCUACUGGUUCUUCUUCGUCUACGGCUCCCCCGAACGCAAAGGCAAAUCCUCCGUCAGCCUCUCCGCCGGUUCAAUCUCAUCCGACAAACUCCAGCACAAGUACGAGCAGUACUGGUCCUUCUUCCGUCGCCCGGAGAAAACCGAC